AUGGGAGUGUCGUGGACGCACCUGUGGCUGCUAGUGUGGAAGUGCUACGUGAUCGUGGUGAAGCGCCACUGGGUCGCCUUCAUCAUGGAGCUGCUGGCGCCCGCCGCGGUGUCCCUGACGCUGGUGUUCGCACGCCAACACAUGGACUACUCGCGCGUGCUGAACGUGACGCACUUCGAGCCGUUCCCCGUGCAGAGGCUGCCGCCGCGCUUCCACGUGCCACCGCCCAGCGCACCUCGCUGGCUGCUGCUCUACGCGCCGGAGACCAACGCCACCGCAGCUGUGCUCGGGGCGAUUGCCGAAAACUCCAACCCGCCCCUCAUGGUGCAAGGAUUCAAGACGGAGGAGGCUAUGGUAAACCACUACACGGCCGCGAUGGCGCACCGGGACUCCAUCCUGGGAGGCGUCGUCUUUGUCGGCCUCAAUCUGAACGCAAGUGGGACAUUGCCCCUGGACAUCCAUUUCAAGAUCCGACUCAAAGCGGCUCCUCGGAUGAGGCUGUCGCAGGCGGAGCCCUACCAGUCGUGGAGCACCGACAGCAACUUUCCCAUGUUACCCUUGUUCUCCCCGCGUCAUCCUGAGACCAAGUUUGACGGUAGUCCAGGUUACGUGACCGAGGGCUUCCUGUACCUGCAGCGGCAGGUGUUCAAGCACACACUCGAGUUCCUGCAGGCGCAGGAGCAGCACUACCCGGAAGAGCCUCCACCGAUCACGCACCUGAGGCUCCAGCGGUUCCCGCUACCGCCGCACACGGUGGACAGCUUCUACUUCAUCGUCCAGUACUUCCUGCCCAUCAUUGUGCUGCUCAGCUUCAUCUACCCAUCGCUGGCCGCCGUCCGCCAGGUCGGCUACGAGAAGGAGUCUGGCAUGAAGGACCUGCUUGAGAUGAUGGGCGUGAACCCCUGGCUAAACUACGCGGCCUGGUUCUUCGCCACCUUGGCCGUGAUGACUGCCAGCUCCGGGCUGCUGGUGAUCGUGGUCACGGCGCCGCUCUCGAGCCACGGGCCUGUGCUGCGCAACAGCGACCCGGCCGUCUUCUUCCUGCUACUUGUCGCGUAUUCGGCCAGCUCGACUUCGUUCUCAUUUUUCGUCGGAUCGUUCUUCAACAAUGCGAACACUUCGGUGGCGGCGCUGGCCGUGGCCUACAUCACGACUUUCUCGCCCUUCCUGUUCUUCUUCUCGAUUAACGACGACCACACGCUUCCCACAUUGGUGGCCGCCUGUCUGCUCUGCAACACUGCACUGCCCGUGGGCAUCACCGUGACCACGUUACUCGAAGCGAGUGGUGACGGUAUCCAGUGGCGCAACCUUGACGUGAACCCCAACCCUGGUCAAGGCCUGUCGUUAAUGUCGGUCAUACUGCUGCUUGUCUUCGAUACCUUUAUGUACAUCGUGGUGCUCUGGUACGUGGAGGUGCUGGCCGCCAGUCAGCCGAGGAUCAGCUGGCGACUGUCUUUGAUUAAGGUGAUCCUCUGA